AUGAGCGCUGAAGAAACCACAGCAGCGAAACGUCUAGUGGGCAUCGACGAGAUAUCCCGCCACAAGUCCCCAGAAGACCUCUGGCUAGUCGUCGACGGCACCGUCUACGACCUCAGCGCGUUCGCGCCCUCGCACCCAGGCGGCAUCAACAUACUCCUCCAGCACGCCGGCCGCGACGCAACAGCAGCCUACUCAGAAGUCCACUCCAAAUCCCUAAUCCGGGACUCCCUCCCCGCCUCCAGCCAGAUCGGCCUCCUCGACACCGCGACGGUAACCGAGGAAUGGGCGAAGCCGCCGCCCCCGCCGCGCUCGACAGCCCCAAAGGGGAAAAAGCCACCCCUCGACAGCCUCAUCAACGCGCACGACUUCGCGCUCGCGGCCGAGUCGAGCUUCACGCCCAAGGCCUGGGCAUUUGCGUCGUCGGCCGCGACCGACUGCCUGACCAAAGAGCGCAACAGUGCCGCCUACGCGGGCAUCACGCUGCGGCCGCGCGUGCUGCGCGAUGUGAGUGCCGUCGACGUGCGCACGACGAUGCUGGGCUGCGCGAUCAGCAAGCCCGUCUUCUGCGCGCCGACGUCGAUGGGGCGGCUGUUCCACCCGCAGGGCGAGCGCGAGCUCGGGCGCGCUUGUCGGGGUUUGGGCGUGCCGCUUUGCGUGUCGACUAGCUGCUCGUUUACCUUGCCUGAGGUCAUGGAUGCGGUCGAGGAGGACGAGGACGAGGACGAGGAGAGGGGGACUGUGCCGGUUUUCUUCCAGUUGUAUGUGGACAAGGACCGCAGGAAGUCGGAGAGGCUGCUUAAGUUAGUAAGGGAACGCGGCGUCAAGGCGAUUUUCCUGACGAUAGACGCGCCCGUCAUCGGGAAGCGGGAGGCCGACGAGAGGAUCAAGGCCGACGAGAGCCUGACGGUACCCAUGUCUGGCUUGCAGGCCAAGAACGACAAGAAAGGGGGUUCCCUGGGUAGGAUCAUGGGAAGCUUCAUUGAUGCCUCCCUGACGUGGGAUGAUAUCGCGUGGUUGAGGCGGCAGGUCCCUGGGCUGCCGAUCGUGCUGAAGGGAAUCCAGACUGCGAUGGAUGCUGUGAAGGCGAUGGAAGUGGGUGUGGAUGCGAUAUACAUCACGAACCAUGGAGGCAGGAGCCUGGACACUGCGCCCGCGACGAUAUUGGUGCUCCUGGAGCUGCAGAAGUGCUGUCCGGAGGUUUUUGAUAGGAUGGAGGUGUACAUCGACGGGGGCAUAACGAGAGGGACUGACAUCUUUAAGGCUCUCUGUUUAGGCGCGAGAGCUGUGGGCAUAGGGCGUGGGUUCUUGUUUGCGCUGAAUUAUGGGAAGGAAGGUGUUGAGCAGUUCGUGAACAUGUUGACUGAUGAGUUGGAGACCACCAUGCAGCAAUGCGGCAUUACAAGUCUUGAUCAGGUCCAUCCUGGGCUACUACACACUGGUGCCGUUGACCACUUGGUUCCACGUUCAGAGGAGCAUCCAUAUGCUAGGUGGAGACCUAAGAAGAAGAGCAAGCUAUAG